UGCGGCUGAAACGGGGAAACCCAACAUGGUGCCGUGGGUGUGUUUGUAUCACUUGUGUUUCUUCCAGGAAGGAAGUUAAAUGUAUCUGUGUGAGAGUGUUUUUUUUUUUUUUUCUCGUUUCAACCUUUCUGUCUCGAUGUGACUUCUUGUGAACUUUAAAACUAAUGUAAAUAGACCGGUAGUCACAAUGUCGGAGUCUCUGGAAAGAUCUACAAAGAUCAACUUGUUAAAAGAGUCGAUUGUGAAGAAACUUUGUGAGUUGUUGGAUAAAUCAAACAAUAAAGGAUGGCGAAAACUUGGAGAGAUCGUGGGCAAUGACAGGCGAUUUAAAGUCAGCUCAGACGACAUGGAGAUGUGUUCUCUCAGGGUGCUGGAGAUUGAAGGCAGCCCAAGCCUGAUGCUGCUAAGGCUGAUGGGAGAGCGAGGCUGCACCAUGGGUCACCUGAUGGACUACCUCCAAACUCUAGGCAACUUGGAGGCCCUGCAGUGCCUGAAACCACCACCUUUGCAGAUCCUCAUUCAGCCCCAGUCAGUAGCGCUAAUCUGUGGUCACAAUCUGCGCCUUAGCUGCCAUGCAGUGGGAAAAACUCCAGUCCAGUAUCAGUGGUUCAAAUCAAGAGAAGAGGUACCAAACAGCUCAUCUCCAGAGCUCCUGAUAAGUCCCGUCCAACUGAAGGACGCCGGCUUUUACAUCUGCAGGGUCAACAGUGGUGAUGCUUGUGAAUUCAGCCAGUGGGCCCAGGUGGAUGUCCUAAAUCUCACCAUGUCUUAUGCCCCAGGGCAGAGUUAUCAAUCACUAGAUGGACGGCUAAAGUUGGCAAUCCAGCCUCAGUUCCAGCGGCUACAUGUUGGGGAAACCCUGCAGAUGGAGUGUGGUGCUGUGGGACGGCCUGUCCCCCGAUACCAGUGGCACAAGAACGGAGUUCCGAUCCUAAAUGCCACAAAGAGAAAACUCAUAAUCCCCCUAGUGAUUCAGGAUCAUCAUGGCAGGUAUCGUUGUGAGAUCAGCGGCAGCACGGAAAGAAUGUGGACCAAUGAAGUUGAUGUUGUGAUAGCCCCAAGGAUAUCUGUCCAGAUUUCAGGGGCAAUGGAGUGUUCUGAAGAUGACAUUUAUGCCAUCGAAGGAGUUUCCUGUGAACUUUUCCUAAAUAGCUUGCCUGAACAACUUUAUGCAACCGACAAAGUGGCCCUGCUGAUCGGUAAUCUUUCAUAUCAGAACCACCCGCAGCUCAAAGCCCCCAUGGUGGAUGUGUACGACCUCACCAACCUCCUGCGGCAGCUGAACUUCAAAGUGGUUUCUCUGCUGGACCUCACAGAGUCGGAGAUGAGGAACGCCGUGGACGAGUUCCUGCUGCUGCUGCAUAAGGGAGUUUAUGGUCUGCUGUACUACGCUGGGCACGGAUAUGAGAACUACGGAAACAGCUUCAUGGUGCCGGUGGACGCACCGAACCCUUACCACUCAGCCAACUGUUUGUGUGUGCAGAGCAUCCUCAAGCUGAUGCAGGAGAAAGAGACGGGCCUAAAUGUUUUCCUGCUGGACAUGUGCCGGAAGAGGAAUAUUCAUGAUGAGAGCACUCCCAACAUCGUUCUGAGAGUCACGGCCAACAUUGUCUUUGGAUAUGCGACGUGCCAGGACGCUGAGGCCUUUGAGCUGAGCUCCACAGGUUUCACCAACGGUGUGUUCGUUAAGUUUUUAAAGAAGCGGCUGAUGGAUGACGAGAAGAUCACGGUGGUGCUUGACAGAGUUGCAGAAGACAUGGGUCAGUUUGAUGCAACGAAAGGUAAGCAGGCUCUGGAAAUACGCAGCAGCCUAUCAGAGAGGAGAGCGCUGACCGAUCCUAUUCUGCCUGGCGACAGUGCCGACGUCGUUCACGCUCACAGCCACCAGUGGGCAAAAGCUCAUGAGCUUCCUGAGAGCAUGUGCCUGAACUUUGACUGUGGGGCUCAGAUCAAGCUGGGCUUCGCUGCAGAGUUUUCCAACGUGCUCGUCAUUUACACUCACAUCAUUAAGAUGCCCGAGGACAUGUCCUUCUGCCAGGCUCACGUCACUGACUUCUCCCUGGACCUUGAUGUUGAUCCAAAGGAAAUGAACAGGGAGACUCCAGAGGAGACGGGGAUCUACCUGCUGUCCAGCAGCCUGCCGCAGCACUGCCUCUACACCAGACUCAGCUCUCUGCAGAAGCUUAGGGAGGAGCUGGUGUUCACUGUGUACCUUCAGGGCACGUUUACAGCCAUGGAAGAUGAUGAUUCCAUAUUCUGGUCCAAAAGCGUCAACAUCGGAAAGCCGCUGAUUGCCCGGCUGGACCUCCACCGGGCCGUGCGACGGAACAGCUGCCUGCAGACCUGCAUGAUACCCCACAGCCCAUCCCAGAGCCCCUGUCACAGCCCGGGGCCUGAGCACCACCAUCACCUCCAUCAAGGGUCACACCAGGCCCAGGACUACAAUCGUCUCUCCCCUCAGCACCGUUAUCUGGACAUCAGUGAGCAUGCUCAGGGGGCGGUGGGAGGCUGUGGCUUCACGUGUUACGACCAUCUCAGCCAAUGUGGCUUUGAGCGGACCUACGAGUCUGAUGGACUCCCGAACUCUCCGGGUAAGCUCAGCAUCCCGAUAGAGGCAACGGAGGACAUCACCGAGCUGCAGACCGUGUUUAUCAACAGCCUGCACCUUCAGCAGCAGUGAAACAGAGGCUUCAACUGUCCUAAAGUGCGGAUUUUAGUUAUGCUGCUGUUUAAAUUACAUUUUUGUAUCCUUGAAUUUCUAAGCAUUAUUUGUUUUAGCAAUCUGUAUUAAGACGUAAUACCUAAAGGUUUUACUGUAAAAUUUAUUUUUAGAAAAUGUAUUUUAGUAAAGUGACAUGGUUGGAAGUAGUUUGUCUUGGUUGUGUAUUUGGUCGUCACACUGUAUAAGAAGAACUAAGUAUAUUCUAUUUUUUUCUAUGGGUGCAUCUCAAAUAAUCAUCAAACAAUAUUUCAUUAAUUUAAUACAAAAAGUGAAACAAACUGAAUUUCUCUGAAACUUCAAAUAAUUACAUAAAACCAAUAAAAAUAAUUAUUACUGAAGAA